ACAGCCGCUCCUGCCAUGAUUUGCGAAAAAAACUUUCUCUCAACUGUUCAAUUAUCACACUCAAAGGGUCAAUUGGUUCUUGUGACUCUAUUUACGACAUCGCCUAUUACCUAUACUGCGAUAGUCCUGGAUAUCUGUCGUUCUUUUCCGUAGUUUCCUUUUUUUAGCUUAUCAACCCAUCACCAACUGCCGCUCUUCCUGCAACAAACAUUGAUUUUGUUUGUGCAGUCGUUUCAGUUGCAUUGAAUUUUGCUUGACAAAUUCUUUGUACUGAGCAAAUUUUCCUUCUUCAGAAAGUUUUGUGCAGGAGAUUCAUCGUUUUUUUGAACUUGUAGCUCAGGCAAGCAUUGGUAACGGACUGUUCUUGCCUUUUGCGUCUGCUUUUUGCUUCUUGUCUAAUACCUGUUUCUGUAACUGUUCAUACUGUCCGUGCGAGACAGUCUCCUCUCCUCCGCCGUAGUUAGCUGCCAGUGUCUAGUUUCGCGUAGUCGCUGAGUAGGUUGUGUUUUAGAUUUGCGUUGUACGUGUGUGUGCACGUGGGAACUGAUCGUAAUCGCUUAUCGCAUCUGGCGUUAUUGCGAGCUCGCUUAUUCCACGCUUUUCUCGAUUUUCGGCUGCGUCUUUUCUGCCCCGCAAAACCCCCAGCGCGUAAUUACUGCCUCGUUUCGCUUCGCUAGCCACGUGCAGUUAAGGUAUUAACGCCGCGAUUCAACUGCCGUUUCCGUCUCCCUUCCUAGGGGUUUACGUGAUUAUAGGCUUGGAGGAGUGUCCAAAUAUUCGCUAAGCUUGCGUCACGGAAGACGGAAGAUAUAUUCCUUUGUUCGAGACUAUCCCUUCUUUGGAAAACCAUUCAGUUAUAACUGAAGCUUUUCUAACAUCAACGCACCAGAGAAAUUCUCUUACGUGUGUUUUCUUUCUUUAUUCUCUCUGCAACUUUAAAAAAUUGCCCUUGACGGAAGUGAUUCUCCUUAUUUCCGUCACCCUCAAUUUUCUUUGUCGCUCGCAGCUUUUCUACCAAAGACUGCUGAAUUGCCCCUUUUAACAGUUACACAAUUGUUUUGGCAGUAUGACAGCAUUCUCUAAGUCCAGUUUAGAGUCGCAAACGGCCCUUGGCUCAGAGGUCCAAUCCUCCUUGGGUGUUCAAAACAUUACGGCCAUUCCCAUCGAGAAAAAGGCUGCCCAGGAGACGAUUGUGGACGUUGAUCCAUUUAAUUCCGCAGUUAGUGUCCAUCAUCCCAGACGAGGACGUGCGGACAGCGAUGCGUCUUUUUCUUCGCUUGAGAGCCGCACAGGACUAAAUGACAGUAUUGAGUACCAGCGAGUCAGCAAAUGGAUUUGGGUACUCGCUCUCGCUGCCGGUAUUAGUGGUCUACUGUUUGGUUAUGACACCGGUGUUAUUUCCGGUGCUCUCGUUGUCAUCAACAAGGAUUUGGGCCACACAUUGUCCUAUGGUGACAAGGAAUUCAUUACUUCUGCAACAUCCCUCGGUGCUUUGAUGGGUGGAGUUAUUGCCGGUACGCUUGCCGACUUUAUGGGACGUCGACCGGUCAUUUCGGUUGGUGCAGUUAUUAUUAUUGUCGGCUCCAUCGUACAAGUGACAGCACACGGUCUUUGGCACAUGAUUGUUGGUCGUUUUGUUAUCGGUUGGGGCGUCGGUUUGGCCUCGCUAAUUGUUCCCUUGUACCUCAGUGAAUUGGCGCCUGCGAAGUUUCGCUCGCGACUUGUCAUUGUCUACGUGUUAAUGAUUACAUUGGGUCAAGUCAUUGCAUAUGCCAUUGACGCAGCGUUUGAAUAUCAUAAGGCUGGAUGGCGUUGGAUGGUUGGUUUGGCCAUCGUACCCGCCGUCAUUCAGAUUUUCGUAAUGCUUUGGUUGCCCGAGUCUCCUCGUUUCUUAGUGAAGCGCGAACAUAAGGAACGUGCUCGAAAGAUCAUCUCAAAAAUUUACCCAGAAGCCCAUCCCUAUGAAGUGGAAAACAAAAUUCGCCUUAUCCAAGAAGGUGUACGUGAUCCUUUUACAGGAACACGCUUCCAACGUUUCGUUAAAUCUGCCAAAGAGUUAUUCCUUCGUGCUUCAAAUCUCCGCUCUCUCUUCAUUGCUUGCGCUUUGCAAGGUAUGCAACAAUUGUCAGGUUUCAAUUCACUCAUGUACUUCUCGAGUACAAUCUUCGAAAUUGUCGGCUUUCACAACCCCAUUGCCACUGGUUUAAUUAUCGCCGGUACCAACUUUAUAUUUACCAUUAUCGCAUUUGUGGUCGUGGACCGUUUGGGUCGGCGUUUGCUUCUUCUUAUAACAAUGUGGGGCAUGAUUAUUGGUUUGGUCGUGUGCGCAAUUGCAUUUCAUUAUCUGCCUCAAGAUUCCGCGGGAAAUUACACCGCCGGCUCUUCAAAUGUCUGGGCCAUUAUUAUUCUUAUUUCUAUGAUUGUCUAUGUUGCAUCCUAUGCUUCCGGUCUUGGCAACCUGCCCUGGCAACAGAGUGAGCUAUUUCCUAUGAGCGUGCGUGCUCUUGGUUCCGGCUUGGCUACAUCCACUAACUGGGCUGGUAACUUGGCUAUCGGUGCCACCUUCCUUACUCUUAUGAAUGCUAUUACGCCAACAGGAACAUUUGCACUUUACUCUGGAAUCUGUCUUUUGGGUUGGAUCAUAUUCGUUUUCUGUUACCCCGAACUUACGGAUUACACAAUUGAGGAAAUUGCCCAACUCUUGUCUUCCGGUUUCAACAUUCGUAAGAGUAUGGCUCACCAUCGUGAGAUCAAACGGCUUCACGCUGAAGAGGAAAAAGAGCGCCAGGAGAAUGAGGUGAACAACUAAUCCGUUUACCUUGUCUAAUGCGGUAAUUCUAAUUUAUGCGCACUGUCUCUGAAACGAAUUCUUUUAUUGAAACUUUUCUGAUCGUGUGUGUAUAUACAUCUCUUGUUAUGCGUAUUUGUUUUCAUCUCUGAAUACUCUAAUAUUUCCACACUACUCCUGGAUUCACGACACUCUCUUUCGGCAGUAGACGAAAAGCCGUAUUCAAAUGUUUUCAUGUUCUCAACUUUCCUAACGAAUUCCAGCAGCGCCUCCUGCGACAUUCUUGUCUGGGCUCUCUGGGCCUUCCUACCCGUAACUCACACUAAAUUCACUCAAUCCUACGAUCCGCGUUCUUAUAUCUGUACAUGUGUGACACGCUUAUUACCGUUUCCCAUUAUCUUAAAUAGAAUUAUUCCUUUUAUUACACAA